AUGUCGAGUCUCCAGGACAACUGGGCCGCGGGGCUGGGGUGGCAGGCUGGGCGGCGCCGGGGCCGAGGAGGCGAGCGGGGCCGACACGGCGACCCUCGCCCGAGAGCGCCCGCCCGACCCCCGGAGCGCGAGCUGGAACCUCGGCGGGCGGGCGGCACCCCGCAGGCGGCGGCGCCUCUCAGGAGUGUCAGGCAGGUACGGCGACUCGGCGGCCCGGCGGCCUGGGAGCGGGUGUGCGAGCGUCGGGGCGCGGGAAACCGCUCGGGCCUCCCGGAGCGGCCGGGCGUGGAGCGGCGGGGGUCGGCCGGCUCCGUGAGUCUCGCAGAGGUGUGGGACCAGAGGGCGAUCGGGAGCUACCACGAGCUGUUCGCGGCCUCGUUGGGCAACCUGGAAUGGUUGCGGUUAGGUCUAAAUCGGCACCGGGGGGAAAUCCCGGCCGAUAACAAGGGUUUCACUGCCAUCCACUUUGCAGCCCAGAGCGGCAAGCUUGCAUGCCUGCAGGUCUUGGUAGAGGAGUACAAGUUUCCCGCGGACCUGCCCACCAACAAUGGCCAGACACCUCUACACCUUGUCAUCCAGAGUGACAAGAAGACCACGGCCCUCCCCUGCAUUCACUAUCUGAUUAAGCAAGGGGCGGCCCUCAACACUCAGACAUGCAACGGCUCCACACCCCUGCACCUGGCAGCCCGCGAGGGCCUGCUGAGCUGUGUGAAGGUCCUGGUGCAGAAAGGUGCCAAUGUUCAUGCCCAAGAUGCCAUGGGCUGCAAGCCCAUCGACUACUGCAAAAUAUGGAACCACCGCAUCUGUGCCCGGUUCUUGAAGGAUGCCAUGUGGAAACAGGACAAGAAGGACUUUGCCUGUGAGAUGUGGAAACUGAAGAGGCUCAAGAACCAGCUGGCCCUCAUGGAGGAGGACUACUUGACUGAGUAUCAAAAAGAGCACCAAAUUCUGAGAGAAGCUGACUUCAAGAAGUGGCUCCAUCACAAGCUGCUGCCCCAAGGCCAAUCCCUGAUCCGCAACACUCAGGGAGAGCCCCGUCCUCCACCCCAGGCCACUGUGCUCUCCAAGACCCCCAAGCACGGGGCACUGUGGCCUCCCAAGAGCUUCUACCCCUUCCGAGAGGCGCGCCUGCGACAGACACUGCAGCCCAGUCAGCCCUCGGUGAUGCCUAUACCCACCUGCAAGCAGCCCAUGGUCAGGCGGCCCAAGGUGUGGAAUCUCAGCAACAACCCUGCCAGGUCCCCCACCGCCCAGAUAGGCUACCCGCAGGGCAUCCGCCUGGGCGUGCAUCCCGACCCCAAGCCGGAGCACGACUUCCGCUGCUUCCUCGAGGUGAGGUCCGACGGGCACGGCGGUGCGCUCCUGCGCACGGUGGCCGGCAACGAGGUGGCGCCUGUGCCCCGGCUGCCUUUAGAGGUGAUAAUCCGCGAGCUGUACCCGUCGGUGCAGCCGUGCAGGAUGAAGGUGCCCCAGGGCUUCUGUUCUGUCACCAUGAGAGAGGUGCCCCGGAAGCGGCGCCUGGGUGAUGCCACCUUCUGGACCGACACUCUGAGCAUGAACCUGAGAGAGACAUUUGACGAAGGCUUCCUGGCAGCUGUGCGAGCCCAUCAAGGGCUCCCCACUCUGCCCUCCCCCAAACCAACCCCCAUUUAA